CGAUCUUCUGAAGGAGGCACCCGUUUUGAUACAAAUCGUAACAAGACGGUUAUUGAAUCCAACGGAUCCAAUUCUAGUAAGGUCGUACCAGUUGUGUAUCUUCCAAAGGAAGCAGGCGGAGUUACCACUUUACGGGUAAGUAAAAAUAAAAUCCUUCUUGUAUCAAGGAAAAUUGAGACCAACCGCCCAGACUUGGACUUACCACCAUCAGCAGGAAUCCAAGAAAAGGCUGACAAAAGUCUCGAUAUUGAAAUCCAAGGCCAAAAGAGGUGCGUGACACGGGAACAAGCUCAAGUGAUUAGAUUUUUAGACGAUGACAAUAUAAGAGUUUUAGCGGUACAAGCACCAACCGGCACGGGGAAGACCGACGUGAUCGCAUUAUACCUCCUAAAGUUAAUGGAAACGUUGAAAGGAGCUGUGCUUGUAACAGCUCCCACGAACUUAGCGGUACAGGAGAUCACGGAAAAGGUGUUAAACAGAUUCGUACCAAAGACAGCCGAAAUAUUGUUUCUGCAAUCAGUUGCAAAUGAAGUUUUGCUUCAGCAAACAGAGGUUUUGCAGGCCCAUGCCGAUGAAAAGGUAGAGGAGGCAAAAACAAAAUUCGUAAAACAAUAUCUAAAAAGAAGGCUACUGCACGAUGGGAAUCCUUAUCAUGAGGGAGAGGCGCUUCGAACCGCAUUAGAAAUACAACAACCAAAGUUGAUUUGUGGCACAGUGCCAAUGAUAGGAAUGUUGCUGCAAGUCUGGGAACAAAACUUUGAUAUGGACCAAUUGAAACAUUUGGUGGUUGAUGAAGGGGGUUUGUUGCCUGAUAUGUUUUUCAUGGCUAUGAUAGCCAGUUCACCUAAUAUUGAAAGAGUUUUAGUGACUGGUGACCAGUACCAGUUGCCUCCUUAUACAGGUGCGCUCCCGGUCACGAUCGUAUCUCUAGGACAUGAAUGCGCGAUCGAGAAGCUUAUCGGCAACUUAGCUUUCAGGUAUGUGUCUUUAAGUAAGAAUUUUAAGAGUCAUCCAAUUGUAGUUGAGGCAUUGUCGGUAGCUUCGUACAACUGGCAAUUAGUUCCGGGAAGAACUGUACAAGAACAAAAGCAGUGGAGAGUGUUAGGAUUUCCCUCCUCAAAUGACAGCCUCCCAAUCCUUAUGCUACAAAUUACGGGAUGGGAACAACUCGCCUUGGAAAGAAGCUGGUCGAAAGACCUCCACAAUGAGGCGGUUGUGAGACUGAGGAGGUUUAUAGUGGACAAAAUUCUUUCAGCCCGAAUUGUAAUUUUAUGUUACCACUCGGCCUCGCUUAGCAAAGUAUCUAGUAUAAAUCGUUACCAGGGUCGCGAAUGCGACUUUGCGAUCAUAGUUACAACGAGGGUAUCUCAGGAGAACGUUUGCCAGAACGUUGAUUUUGUUCUUGACCCACGACGGACGACAGCCGCGCUGUCUAGGACACGAGAAGGGGUCUGUGUCAUCGGGGAUAUGGAACUUCUGAGGCAGUCCAGUGUAUGGAGGCGGUACAUAGAGCGGUUCCGAGUUUCAUCUAGUAAACUAAAUCUAUUUUAUGAAUGGAUAAAGAGGUACGAGCACCAAAAAUACGAACAAAAAUCUUACUUCAGUUAA